GGUGUGUGGAUGGGAAGUCGGGGGGUAGCUAAGAAAAACUUCACGAAAACGUGUCUUUGAGCUAGUUUUGGGGAGUUUUCCACCAGUGUUUGGUAAUUACCUCUGGUUAAGUGACAUUUAAGUCAAUGUCGAAUUCUCGCGGAGCUUAGAAAAUCAAGUGAUACACGUUUAAAAUAUUACUUCCAAGAUAUACCUUAGAAAACUUGCGUUACGAAACAUAUGCUAGCUAUGCGUUAGAAGACAUUCGUUCAAAACAUAUGGUGGAUAACCAAUGUUUAAAGACAUGUUCAAAUCCACACUUUUGAAAACAAACGUUAGAAGACAUAAACUGAUAUACUGAAUGAAUGGAAAAGUUUAGUGCCGAAUGAAAAGUCUUGUCGCCGCCCCUUGACGUCACUACUGACGUCGCUGCCUGGGAGUGAAGGUAAUUACGGAAAUCUUCACUGCGUCCUGAGUGUAAACAAGCAAACUUCCUUCAUAAGUAAGAUGAUGGAGGUCGGGAGUGGCGUGGAGGGGGGUCAGACGCCCCAGUACCCGACCAGCUACGCGCCUAUGUCGUCCCUGCAAGACUUCUACUCGAACUCACAGCACUGCUCCUACUCCAACCCUGGUCGGUUCGCCCAGGGCGGGAUGUACCGUGCUCACCCUCACUUCCCCAACCCCCUGCACUCCUGGCUGGGCACUGACAAGAUGGCUGCCGCCUCCCCCACUGCUUACAACACCCCCGCUUCCUCCUGGCACACGCCCUUCGCUAAGACCUACCAGCCCACGCCCACACCCGCCCACCAGACCCAUCAGCCCGCCCAGGGGUAUGCCGCCUACGGGUACCCACCUACACCGCCAGAAGAAGCCCCAACAGCACCCAACAGCCAGCAGCCACCACCGCCCCAGCAGCAGCAGCAGCAACAGCCACAGGAUCACCCUAUGAGCAGCAGCCCCAUGCCACAGCAGCAAGCACAGCAACAGCAACAGCAAGACACAGCAGCUGCACGCAUGACCCCAGACCGUAUCACAGCUUCACCAGGAGGAGGAGUCCUGGAAAUCAAGCCUGACUCUUCCUACACCCCCGUCUUCAGUUCCUCCUUCGCCUCGAAGCCCACCCUUUCCCUCUCUCCGGCCCAUUCCCUCUCUCCUGCCCACUCCUCCGCCCACCCCACGGGUUACACGGGCUACCCUGCCCACUCCUCAAUGGACUUCGCUGCGCAUACCGGGUACUCAGGAUUCUAUCCUUCGUCAGGAGUGAGCUCCAUGUUCAGCAAGCCUUUCUCCAGCAUACCGUCCACAGCCAUCUCUCCUUCACACGACAAGUCCAAGAACUCUAAGAGAUCCAGCACAGAGGGCCGCGAGUGCGUCAACUGCGGCGCUACGUCGACGCCGCUGUGGCGACGCGACGGUAAUGGUCACUACUUGUGCAACGCCUGCGGCCUUUACUACAAGAUGAACGGCCAGAACCGACCACUCAUCAAGCCCAAGCAACGCACGUCCGCCAAUCGUCGUGAAGGAACGUCUUGCGUCAACUGCAAGACGCAGACGACGACGCUGUGGCGACGCAACCAGAACGGCGAGUCAGUGUGCAACGCCUGCGGUCUCUACUACAAGCUACACAACGUAGCCAGGCCGCUCUCCAUGAAGAAGGAAGGCAUCCAGACUCGCAACCGCAAGUUGAGCCAGAAGUCCAAGAAGAAGAAAGGGAUGCUGGGUUUCCCAGACAUGCUGAAGCCUCUGGACAAGGGCGGCUUCGGUGGUUUCGGCACUGGAGGUUUCGGCACUGGAGGCUCUGGGUUCGGCUCCAUGUCACACUACAUGUACGGCGGCCAGAUGCACGGCUCUUCCAUGGCUGGCGGCUUCAUGUCAGCGCCGCCUGUGCAUGGCAUGUCUUCUAUGUCUGGAGGCCUGGGAAGUCUUGGCCUCUCCUCCGCAGCCGCCUUUUCCUCGUCCUCCGCCGCCGCCGCCGCCUCCGCCGCAUCCCUGAGCUUCAGUUCGAGCUUUUGUACAGUAGCAGCGUAAGAACACGCCCCAGAUCACGCCCAAGAUGGGUAAAAUUUGGGCAUUACGCCCGCAUAGUGUACAAAGGAGUGCCUGCAGCUGCUGGUAAUGUAAGUAUCCAGCAUCAGCAGCAGCAGUAGAAGGUGCAAAGUUGUAGCAGCAGCAUCGAAGAAGAUGCAGCUGCUGCACAAGCAGAGGCUGGAACAGCAGCAGCAGCAGCAGCUGUGGUGGCCAGCGAGCAGAGAGUGUACAGUGUAUAUAGUGUACCAUAGACAACAUAGAGACUAUUUAAUGCAUCACCAUUUUCUUGUCCUAAUGUUAAGCUGAGCAUCAUAUUGCAUAUUGUAAUAUUGAUUAUUGUGAUUAUGUGAUAUAAAUAAAGAGAACCUUUUGGGA